AUGAACCGUAUCCCUGACAUCCUCUACGCAGACCGCAAAGCAAGCACAUGGGUCAUUGUUGGCGCCUCGCGUGGUAUAGGACUUGAGUUUGUACGACAGCUACUUGAUCGUGGGGAGCGCAUCAUUGCGACCGUACGUGAGCCUGUCGCGAGCACUGCCAGAGCUCUGUGGGGUGUGAGUGGAAGCGACCACGGGAGAGCGCAGAUGUACGUAUGCGAUGUGAUCAGUGAAGCCAGUAUCAAGAAUUUUGUCAACCAACUUACCUUGAUACCGAAUCUGAAGAUCGACUAUGUGGUCGUCAAUGCGGGUGUUUUGCAAUAUCCUAAUAGAGCUACUGAGCUAUCCUUCGACCAAUUUGCCUUUCAUUUACAUACCAACACAAUCGGGCCGAUAAUCACAGCUCAGAAGCUGCUCCAAACACGCAUUCCGAUCGGAACCAUCGUUUUCAUGUCAAGCGACUCAGGUAGCGCUACUCUAUUUCGGGAUAUGGAAGAUGGGUUUGCGGCAUAUUCAGCCUCGAAAGCGGCCCUGAAUCAGAUGUUACGACAUAUGGCCGCAGAGCUGAAACGUACGGAUGACGAUACGAUUAUCUUGGCUAUGCAUCCAGGAGAGGUAGCUACUGAUAUGGGCAACAUCGAGACGCCCUUCGAAGUCGACGGCGUUAUCACAGCCCAAGAAUCAGUCAAGUGCAUGAUCGAUGUUAUCCAAAGUAAAGGCAUACAGCAUAGUGGGACAUUCUGGACGUGGGAGAACAAGGCAUAUCCAUGGUGA